CCCACCCACAUCAAAAAUUCCAGUAAAUACAAUGAGUGCAGGAUGUUAGAUCAGCAGGCUGAGCGGGUCAUGGCUCUGUCAGAAUGGGAGAAUCGCUGGCAGGAGAACCGAAUCGGCUUCCAUCAGCCAGCUCUGCACACAAUGCUGAAGACUCAUCUGGACAAAGUUUUGAGUGGACGGACUGGAGUUCGCUUUUUCUUUCCUCUGUGUGGAAAAGCUGUGGACAUGAAGUGGUUGGCUGAUCUGGGUCACACAGUGGUUGGAGUGGAGAUCUCUGAAAAGGCUGUUCGGCAAUUCUUUGAGGAGAACAAUAUGACAUUCACAGAGGAGCUGGUUCCUUCUAUACCUGGAGCCAAACUUUUUAAGAACUUGGAGAAGAACAUCUCCCUGUAUCAGUGUGACUUGUUCAGCUUCUCCAGCUCUGUUGGAGGUCAGUUUGGAGCAAUCUGGGACCGAGGAUCUCUAGUGGCCAUCAACCCAAAGGACAGAGAGAGGUAUGCUGCUCUCAUUAUGUCUCUCAUGGCCUCAGACUGCCGUUACCUUUUGGAUACACUCCUGUACAAUCCUGAGUUCUACAAAGGUCCUCCAUUUUUUGUCCCUGAUGAGCAGGUCCAGGAUCUGUUUGGGAGCAGCUGUGACCUGGAGCUGCUGCAGUCCACGGAUGCUCUAACAGACAGAACCAGAACUUGGGGUUUGGCCUCUUUGACUGAAAAUGUCCAUCUCAUCACUCUGAAGGAGAACUUUCACAGCUGAGGAG